AUACUUGACUUGGUUGUGUUUAUUAACUGCAGUUUUACAAUUUCUCGUUUUUCUAAUAAACUAUAAACUAUGAACAAAUUAAAUCUUACAAAAAAUCUUUGAAACUCUAAAAUGUUGAAGACGUUUGAUAUUAAUAAUUAAUAAAAAUACACAAUGUUGAGUGGAACCGAAACCAUUAUUUGGUAUUCAAAUGCAAAAUUUAAAGUAAUGGAUCUCCAUGAAAGCCACUACGACGAAGUUAUAACUCUUAUAAAGCAUCAUUUUUUUGCGGAGGAACCACUGUGUAAAUCAAGCAAGUUAUUAGAUGACAGUGCAUCGGUGGCUAGUUACUUAAAUUUCAUAAGGACAUGGAUGAAGGAUACCUGUAGCUUAGUAGCCGUUAGUGCAAAAUCUGGCCGCGUGAUUGGAGUAGCCAUAACACGAAUCGAUAGCUCAAUUGAAAAAAGUGAUACUUUCAAUCGUGUACAGGUAUACGAAGGAGAACCUUUAAAAGCCAUUAUGCAAUUAAAGAACUCAUUAAUCUCGCAAGCUGAUGCCUAUCAAACAUUCGGACAGAAUGCUUAUCUUCGAAUAUAUGUGCUGUCGAUACAUCCAUCCUUUAAAAUCAAAGGUGUUGACAGUGCUCUACUUAAGGCUUGCGGUUUGGUAGCUUCGAAUAUGCAGAUACCAGUUGUUGCUGGAAUUUUCACUUCCAAUGAGCAUCAAAAAUUGGCAUAUCACUGUGAAUACUUAUUAAUUUCUGAAAUAUUUUAUAGAAAUUGGAUAAUUGAUGAAAAAGUAGUCUUUGAUAAUACUGGCGACGAAAAUGUUUCAGCGGCGUUUAUGUUUCUGUCAGUACUGGAUACUAAAAUGAAAGAAAAUAAAAAUUGA